AUGAAAACACUCAAUAAACGAAUAAAUGAUUUUUGCUACGACACCGAUAGUUCUUCGAUUGAUGAGCCUGAUGAUGAUUUUACUGAUGAUGCACACAACGGUGAAAAUUGGGAUAAAGAUUUAAACGAAGCAAAAUUAAAAUUGAGAAUGAAUAAUAAUCCCGACAGUAUAUUCAUUCGGCUUACAGGCGAUGAACUUGGGUUUAUGCGUGAACUAUUUGGAGUUCAUGUCAAAUUUGGUGAUCAUAAUGUACGGGAUUCAUUGGCAAAUAUAAUGAGCAAAGAUUCCUGGAAAUUUCGUAAUCCAGAUAAAUCAAAAACGAAAGUCAAACAAUCAAUUCCAAUCAGCGGUAAACUAUCAACAGGACAAGCUGAAGAAAUGCAAGGUGGUAGCGAUGGUAAUAUCAACUGUGAUAAUGAUGAUGAUUUUAGUGCUUGUUAUUAUCAAACAGUUGUUAUUACAGUUUUCAUAUGA